AUGCCGAGCAAGAGCGAAGCGCCGGCAGAGGCGGCGCCACCGGCCGCGGGCGGCGGCGCGCCGCGCACGGAGCUGCAGGAGCUGCAGUUCAAGGCCGGACAAGUCACCGACGAGUCGCUGGAGAGCACGCGGCGCAUGCUGUCGCUAUGUGAAGAGAGCAAGGAGGCGGGCAUCCGGACGCUGGUAGCCCUCGACGACCAGGGAGAGCAACUGGAGCGCAUCGAGGAGGGCAUGGACCAAAUCAACGUGGACAUGCACGAGGCAGAGAAGAACCUGGCGGGCAUGGCCAAGUGCUGCGGCCUGUGCGAGCUGCCCUGCAACAAAUCUUCAUCUUUCAAAGAAGACGAAGGGACCUGGAAAGGAAAUGACGACGGAAAAGUAGUGAACAACCAGCCCCAGCGAGUCAUGGACGACCGCAACGGAUUAGGUCCACAAGGCGGCUACAUCGCCAAGAUUACAAAUGAUGCCCGAGAAACAGAGAUGGAAGAAAACAUGGAACAAGUGAAUACAAUGAUUGGAAAUUUGCGCAACAUGGCUCUUGAUAUGGGAUCAGAAUUACAGAACCAGAACACACAGAUAGAGAGGAUAAAUAAAAAGGGAGAUUCAAAUGUCACCAGGAUAGCUGAGGCAAACCAGAAAGCCCAUGAAUUAUUGAAGUAAUGUGAUUAACCCCCGUCCUAAAUCACCUACCUUUUCAUCAUUUCUAUUUUAAAUAAGGGCUUAUUAAACUUUCCCUAAAUGUGUAACCAAUUCCUGUAGAGGAUUGAGUUGAGCAUGUUUUUCUCUGAUGCAUUUCUGAAAUAAGUAGUGCACGUACAUUUUUACCUGUUAUGUAUUCCUUGUCUUUAAACAAUGAAGUUGAUAUGGUGGAUUGUGUUGUUGGUUUAAAAAGAAUGCCAAAUAGUUUAGUGUUAUGAAGUUCUUACGGGAAUAACAUUUGACCUUCAACCUUAAGUGCUUUCUAUUCAUUUCCUUACCAAUGCAUUCUAGUUUCUAUAGUUGAAAACUUUUUCCAAGUGAUUACUUACAUUAUAAAAUACAUAUUUUUAAGUUGAGUUACCCAAGCAAUCGAGCUCAUGGCACAAUUAAGAGUUUGGACAAUGUAAUCAAAUAAAAUGUUGUAUUGAUGUCUGAACAACGGUAAAGUUUAUAACAUUGACUGAAAUGUUUUAUUUUUUAAGUUAGUGUAUAUAAUAAUAUUUUUUAACAAAUCUUUCAAUUAAUAUGGAUUUGUAUUCACUUUAAAAAAUUGCAUUGGUCAAGUGAAAAGAUAUUAUUUUUCCAAAUGAAACUUUAGGAGAGCACUAUCUGCUAUAUGCAUGUUAUUGUUACAGUGAUUGAGCAAAGAAUGCUUAUGAUGGUAAAAAAUAAUUUACACUUGGGUUUAUGGUAAAUAAUAUUCUAAAAGAUUGAACACAUCGAGUAGAUGUUUUACUUUCAAAUCGCAGCAAAACUUAGAUGUGUAAAUAAUUUAUGUACCGGAACAGAACGAAAAAUUUUAUCAUUAGUCUUUUGAAAAUCUAUCAGCACAUAUUCUAUUUUCAUGAAAACAAUAAAUGAUAUAAGUUUUGGUAUAUUUUAUAUUUCACAAAAUUUGUAGAGACAAAUUAUUUCACAAAAUUUGAAUUUGACUAUUUUUUCAUUUGACAAAAUUGAUAAAGAAAGCUCUAUAAAAUGAUAGGGAACCAUUGGUAGUUGACAGGGGUAACAAUCCAUCCUGUAACCUCAAAAGAUGCUGAAAAUGCAUUGAUAACUGUUUGCAGUGUUCUACACAUAUUAUAUCACUUCUCUCUGAACUCUGCAGUUGUGUAGAUGAAGUUUACUCCAAGAACACAAAAUUUAUUUUGUGUGCUUUAUGCUUUAAAAAAUUGCUAUUGUUGCAUUUGAUAUGUGUGGUUAUCUGUGAUUGUAGAAUAAUGAUUUAAAUCUUUAAAUCUAAAUCUAGUCAAGCAUGCAACAUGUCUGACAUCUAGGGCUAACUUGUCCUUAAAUUAAAUAGAUACAAAAUAAAAGGUAUAUGCUAUUUAUGAAGAUAUUUGUAUGUCUACAAUAUGUUGAAAUAAACAAAAAGUAAACAGAAACCUUUUAAGUAGGUAUACUGUUUUAUUUGUGAUAGAAGAUAACAUCCUAAAAUUUUUAAAUAAGUAUAUAUUAAAUGUUUUUCUGUUGUCAUAAAAAGAAUAUUGUAUUAGUGUGAAAGGAUUUUGAUCUUGGUAUGAUAUUGUGUCUAGAUUAAAAACUGCAUUGAAACAAAGUAGUGUAGUUUUUCGUGUAGAGAUUUGUGUAAUAAUUAUUCUACCAAAUGCCCCUUCAGUCCCAAGGAAGUGAUCUAACUUUCAUGCCAUGAGAAAUAAUGUCGAUCUAAAAGUUCCCAUAUUUUUAAGAUAACUAACUUUGAAGGUAACAGAUUAGAAUAGAUGACAUGUUAAAUCUGGAAACGCGCUGGUAUGACUAAUUUAGAAUGUAAAUUUCAAGUCGCAUUAUUCCUGUACUGAUGUUAUCAGUGACAUUAAAGAAAUUAUCAAAUGAAAUAACAAUUACUGACUUGAGAUACAUGUUACUACAGUUUUGUAAUGAGUGAUAUUAGCUUAUUAAUAACUUGGGACUCAAAGGGUUAAGUGGAAAACUAAAUAAAAAUAUACAUAUACUUUUGUGUUAUGAAAAAUAAGUAAUUUGUGUAUCAAUCAGAUGUGUGUAACAUUGAAUUCCUAAAUAAAUGAAUAAAUUCUUGACUAGAUGGGCUAGAACAUGACAGAACAAUAGUACAAUAUGAUUCAGUUGUGGAGUGGUAAUCUACGUCUUCACUUACAUUAAGAGUGUCUAGAAAUUAAUCUUUGGCAGGGGUGAUGGUUACAGUAGAUAACUGAAUUAAAUAGUAAAAUGAAUUAACUAAAUCUAACAAAUGCCUUGUUACAUGUGAUAUUUAUGUUACUGACAUAUCUAGUAAAACAGUUUGCUGAAUCUUGCUACAAAACUUCAAAGAAAUACUACAUUAGAAGUAAGAUCAAGAUUGUAAAUUGAUAGUGGUAAUUGAAAAUAGGCUCUGACUAAUUAUUACCAAGACCUAUGAAACAUCAACUUUUUUGUGACCUAAUAUUAAAACAUUAUUGUUUCAGUUGAUUAGUCUUCUACUAAUGAGAGAUAAAGCUAGAUGCUUCAAGACCAAUACUAGUUAUCUCAUCCCUGCUAAUGUAGCAAUUUCUAAUGUAGACCUCACAGUAAAAGUUUAUCAGAAGAAACUACCUUUUCAGAGGGUCAAUGAAAAUACUCAAAGGGAAGAACCCUGUAAAAUGUGAUGUCUUUUGAAGAAUCAUAGAUGUUUAGAGGAUUAUACUUCAUCUCUUGCUGCAGUCUCUAUUGUAAUAAUUUUAUUUCUAUUUUGUAAAACAUUUUCUAGUUUUAAGCAGUGCCUUAUUUUAAACAAUGGUGCAUAUUGGUAAAGUAUUGUAUA